AUCGUUAUAUAGUAUUUACGGUAUAAAUAUUGGGUGAGGUGAAUAAAAGAGAGUAAAUGCUUUUACUUCAUAAUUGUAAAGUAAAUUCUUGGUAGUAAUAACUAUUUUGAGUGUUCACUUACGAUUAUAGUGAAUAACAGUAAUAGAAAAUUUUACGUAUUAAGUAAAUACUUUCAUUUUCGCAAGCACUUAUGA